AUGGGAGAUGAUGUGAAAAUCAGUCCCGCCCCUAUUAUGUACUCACUUCCCAACUACCAUGCUGUUGAUAAAAAUAAUGAUGAUAAUGACAUGGAGAUAACAGAUCCUGUGGCCGUCAUCGAAUUGAAGCAAGCUGAUUUACUUGGCAGGUUGCUAGCACUGAACAUUAAGCUAGAUUCUUAUCUCAAGUCUCAAGGUGACAAAAAAAAACAGAAAGAUGUUGGUAAAAAAGCUCCUGAGACUGAACAGAGCGCUUCAAAAGUUCCCACCACCACCGAUGCAGGUAAAAAGGAUAAAGACGCUAAGAAAGAAGCCCGUAAAGCAGCCAAAAACGAGGCUAAAAGCAAAGUAGCGAAUCAGCCAAUUAAUGAAGAUUCUAAGAAGCCUUCAAAAAACAGCGUUUCGAACAACUGGAUCGUCAUGGAGGAUAAACUUUCAACUGAAACCGGACAAUCGCUAACUGCUUGUACAAAGCAACAACUAGUGUCAUUUCCUCAAGAAACUUUUGGAAGUGUCUCACUGACUGUACAGGUUCACGAUCUGCCCUGGGUUAAAGCGUUUUCUAAGAUUGCGGAAUCAAGGAAUGUUGCCUUUCUUGGUGCACAUCCAAACAAUGUUCAGAAGGCGGCAACAACCGUCACCGUCACAGAAGGAGAUAUUUUCUCUCUGACUUUGAAGAAUAAUGAGAUCAACAGGAGAAGCACUACAUGGAAAAUGCUUGGAAGCGCAUUAGGACUCUACUCUUUCGUUCCCCAACAGUCCAUCAAUGCUACUCAUCAACAAUUGUGGCUUGAGAUGGCUGAAAAAUUGAUUAAUAAUGAUGUAGAAGUUGAUCACGUUAUCCGAGAAGUAAGCCAAUUCCUUUCAAGUUUCGAUGGUUUAGGUGCUCAAUUCAGUUUUGGAGCAGCUGAUAUCAUAAUCAGGUCUUUACUGCCUUCCGUAAACUAUCCAAGUAAUGUUGAACUCUGGGUAGGAAGAAUUGAUGCUAUUUAG